GGUUCAGCAACUCCCAUUCCCAGAAUGCUUCAGUAUGCUUGCCUAGCCUUCUCUAACAAUGCAGCUUAAUGUAAAAUUGAUCGUGCACACAGGGGGAUCUAGAUCUAGCUACCUACGCGUACAUUAAACACCGAGCAUGCCAUUUUGUUAUCAACUUGCAUAACGUGACAUAUCUUUUGAAGCCUUUUGAAGGUUUUAUUUGGAGACAUUUUGGAGCUUCAUACCGGUUUCAGGUCUUGUUAUUCAACGUUGGAGGAGAAUUUGGAGGCCUUUCAUUCUUUGACGGACCUAGAAAAUGGGCACAACCAGGGCAGUAGCAGCUGACCCAUGAUGCCACUCUGCAGGACUGUGACCAGCCAUGCCCUCCUUCCCAACGUUUACCAGAAGGGGCUCCUCUCCACCCGACAGUUUGCUCACAUAGGUCAGAAAUACAACUACACCAUACAAGAGGAACGAUGGCAAGGACUUGUUUGAACUAUGGCACACCAGCAAGACAAAGGUGAAGUCCCCCUACAUCCUGAUACCAAAAGGAAAACCACAAUCAGGUAGAGCCACUCAGAUGACAUUUUAUGAGGACAAAACAAGUCGAGUUAACAAUUCUGAUGGUUUAGCUCCAACACUGUUUCACCAUGUUGACGAGGUUGCACCAUGGCUGCUGAUCCCUGUAGACUAGUAGAGACUCCGGCGUGGCGCUGAGCUAAGCCCAGUGACCCUAACCCAUGAUGCAGCGUAACGGUGGCGGGGUGGGGCCCGGCGGCCAGCCGUGGCUGCUGCGGCGCGUGCGCCUCACCUGGCUCAGCUUCAUGCUCUUCUUCAUCCUGGUUUUCUUCCCACUCAUCGCCCACUACUACCUCACCACCAUCGACGAGGCGGGCGGCCCCGACAAGCGCAUCUUCGGCCCGCGGCCCGGUGGCGAACUGUGCGAGGCCAAGCACGUGCAAGACCUGUGCCGCAUCCGUGAGUCAGUCAGUGAGGAGCUGCUACAGCUGGAGGCAAAGCGGCAGGAGCUGAACGGGGAGAUCUCCCGGCUCAACCUGCGAAUCGAGGCGUGCAAGCGGAGCAUCGACAGUGCCAAGCAGGACCUGCUGCAGCUGAAGAAUGUCAUCAGCCAGACAGAGCACUCGUACAAAGAGCUGAUGGCCCAGAACCAGCCCAAGCUCUCUCUGCCCGUGAGGUUAUUACCCGACAAGGACGACCCGGGCCUGCCCCCGCCCAAGUCUGCCCGUGCCUGCCGCCUGCGCUCCUGCUUCGACUACGCCCGCUGCCCGUUGACCUCUGGCUUCCCUGUGUACGUCUAUGACACGGCCUCCUACCCCUGGGGCGAGUCCCUGGACCCAUUGGUCAAGCAGGCCUUCGCCACCUCGGUAAAGAGCAGCAUCUAUGUGACGAACAACCCCAGCAUCGCCUGUCUGUAUGUGGUGCUGGUUGGGGAGCUGCAGGAGACUCCCUCCUCCCCCCUCCCGGCUCCCUUGGAGCUGGAGAAGCAGCUGAAGGCCCUGCCCUACUGGAGGUCCGAUGGACACAACCACCUCCUCGUCCAUCUUUCCAGGAAGUCCAUGACGCAGAACUUCCUGUACAAUGUGAGCACGGGCCGAGCGGCAGUGGCCCAGUCCACCUUCCUGGAGCAGCAGUACCGCGAGGGCUUUGACUUGGUGGUGUCCCCGCUGGUCCACGCCCUCUCUGAGCCCAACUUCCUGGAGGUGCCGCCCCAGGUGCCCGUCAAGAGGAAGUACCUGUUCACCUUCCAGGGCGAGAAGGUGGAGUCUCUGCGAAGUAGCCUGCAGGAGGGACCGCACCAGUCCUUUGAGGAGGAGAUGGAGGGAGAUGCGCCAGCCGACUACGACGACCGCAUCAUCGGCACGCUCAAGGCAGUGCAGGACAGCCACCUGGACCAGGUGCUGGUGGAGUUCACCUGUAAGACCCCGCGGCCCAGCCUGCCUACCGAGUGGGCUCUGUGUGGAGAGAGGGAGGAGCGGCUCGAGGUCCUCAAGGCCUCCACCUUCGCCCUGGUCAUCUCCCCCGGGGACUGUCAGUUGGUGGCCUCGGCAGGCAGUAGCAUGAGGCUGUUUGAAGCCCUAGAGGUGGGGGCCAUCCCUGUGGUGCUUGGGGACCACGCUAGGCUGCCCUACCAUAUGCUGAUCCGCUGGAGCGAGGCAGCCAUCAUGGUGCCUAAGCCCCGCAUCACCGAGCUGCAUUUCCUGCUGCGCAGCCUAUCAGACAACGACCUGCUGGCCAUGCGACGACAGGGCCGCUUCCUGUGGGAGACCUACUUCUCCACCUCGGAGAAUGUACUGGGCACCAUCCUGGCCAGCGUCCGGACCAGCAUCCAGGUGCCUGCCGCACCCAUCCGCGAGGAGCCCGCCCAGGAGAUCCCUCACAAAGCAGGCAAGAUGGCCGGCACGGACGCCAACCUGGCCGACAACGGUGACCUGGACCUGGGCCCCGUGGAGACGGAGCCACCMUACGCCUCGCCACGCUUCCUCCGCAACUUUACCUACACGUCAGCCRACACCUACCAGACCUGGAACCGCGCCCCGGGACCUUUCCAUCUGUUCCCCCACACGCCGCUGGACCCCGUGCUGCCCUCGGAGGCCAAGUUUYUGGGCUCGGGCACGGGCUUCCGCCCCAUUGGCGGCGGUGCUGGGGGCUCGGGGAAGGAGUUUCAGGCAGCGCUGGGUGGUAACGUGCCCCGGGAGCAGUUCACGGUGGUCAUGCUGACCUACGAGAGGGAGGAGGUGCUAAUGAACUCCCUGGAACGGCUCAACGGGUUGCCGUACCUCAACAAGGUGGUGGUGGUGUGGAACUCCCCCAAGCCUCCUUCAGACGACCUGCUGUGGCCAGACAUCGGCCUGCCCAUCGUGGUGGUGCGCACGGAGAAGAACAGCCUCAACAACCGCUUCCUGCCCUGGGACGCCGUGGAGACGGAGGCCAUCUUGUCCAUCGACGACGACGCCCACCUCCGCCAUGACGAGAUUAUGUUUGGGUUCAGGGUGUGGCGGGAGGCCAGGGACCGCAUCGUGGGCUUCCCCGGGAGGUUCCAUGCCUGGGACGUCAACCACCAGUCCUGGCUCUACAACUCUAACUACUCCUGUGAACUGUCAAUGGUGCUGACGGGCGCCGCCUUCUUUCACAAGUACUACGCGUACCUGUACUCGUAUGUGAUGCCUCAGGCCAUCCGCGACAUGGUGGACGAGUACAUCAACUGCGAGGAUAUCGCCAUGAACUUCCUGGUGUCACACAUCACCCGAAAGCCCCCUAUCAAGGUGACGUCUCGUUGGACCUUCCGCUGCCCCGGCUGCCCGCAGGCCCUGUCGCACGACGACUCUCACUUCCACGAGCGCCAUAAGUGCAUCAACUUCUUUGUCAAGGUGUACGGCUACAUGCCCUUACUCUACACACAGUUCCGCGUGGACUCUGUGCUCUUCAAGACACGUCUGCCCCACGACAAGACUAAGUGCUUCAAGUUCAUCUAGCCCAGGGCUAGGCUCAGCUAAGGAAGUUGGGCAGAACGGAGCAAGAGAAUGAGGAACUCGGGCAAAACGGAAGAAAGGCGAAAGAGGGAGCAAAGAGGGCUGGUUCUGAGAUGGAUGGAGGUUUGGGGGUGAGGGCCUACACCCAAGAAUUGGAUCUAGGAUGUACAAUAACAACCCUCUCCAGUUAAUUGGCUGAACCCCCUCAGACCUGCCCCCCCACACCUUUACUGGAACCCCUGAUAGGCUGGAAGCAGAGAAGGGCCGCUGCCAAUCAAAAAGCCUUUUCAAUUUUUUUUUCUGUCCUCGUGUCGUCUGUGUUUUAUCAGCAACCACUACAGAUUCAAUUUUUUGCGCCACUUUUUAUGGGCAAGAGGGGUGGUAACACUGCCUACCCAACGACUUAACUUGACUCGCAGAGCCAAACUCAAACUGACWAUGUAAACGACUGGUUUUAAACUGACACAGGGAGAGAGAGACCGAGAGACAGUGGACUGUCGCAGUGGGCCCUGAGCUCCUGAAUCGCUAGCUAGACAUGUAACCUUUUGGGAGAGAAACAAAAGGGCAAAGGCAUAUACGGUUUGUCAUUGCACUCAUUUCUUUAUUUUAUUUUUUUUACUCAUUUUACAUUUAUAUACUCUACUCUUGUAUAUAAAACCGCAAGAGAGGCACUGAUGGUCGCAGAAGUAUUUUUUUUCAGUGAUUUUGUUUUUUUUACGUGGUGUUUAAUUUUGUAUCUCAAUCUCGACGUGGGAUUAUCAGUCACCAGACCCUCUUGUUGUUGGCAGACCCAUAGAAAUAGAAUUACGAGAAUGGGCAAAGGCCCUCAGACCAUGGCAUUCUCAGAGUAGAUUUUGUUUCUAUGGACAGACGUAAGCUAACUCCAGACAGUGUCCCGUUUGUCACUCUGCCUCUCAAUGACUUCAGAUGGAGAGUAAGAACAGGACCAUUAGGCCGCAAGUUCUAUACAAUUACCCCCCCGAAUUACCCCCCUGAAAAAAAUCGCUCAAAUAUUCAUAGGAAAAUGGGAAAGCAAUUACCUAACACGUUUGUUAAGGCUACAGCAGACUACAAUGGUUUUAGCUGGACCGAAACACUUAGUAGGCCCUGUUGUUUUCAGAAUGGUUGUCACCUGCCGGCACUGAGCGUUUACACGGCUUUUUGUGACUUUUUGGAUCUUGGUGGUAUUAGGCUACCUAUCAAUGGUCGGCGUUAAAUGACGGAGUAGUCGUUCCUAUAUAGUCCUCUAAUGAAGUGUUCAGUAAUGGAGGAGGGUGAACUUGCCCCUAGAUUCUGAUAUUGGAUCAGUUUUGCAUUUCCCCCACCAAUGGUUAAAGGCCCAGUGCAGUCAAAACUGGGGAUUUUUGUGUUUUAUCAU